AUGAGAGUCCCAGUGAUCUACAACAAGCCAGGAGCGUGCUUCCCAAUUGUGGACAACCACAUCCGUCUUUACGCCUACGAGACUGACCAUACUGGAAAAGUGGUCCGUGCUUCCAUUCACUCCAUCCAUUACAACGCUCCGUUGAUCAAACUUCGUGAGAAGUACGCUGCCAAGUACAAUAUCUUCCCACAUGAGAUCGAUAUGUUCUACGACGACAAGGAAGUCUUCGAUGAUGACACUUGCCGCGCGAUUGGCAUUCAACACGAACAAAUCGUUCGCAUGCAAGUCACUUUCGACACCAUCUACACCAAAGACAGAGAUGAUAAUGACUUCUAG